GCAGGAGCUUGAGAUCCACAUUGGCACCAGCUUCAUCUCAGCCGCUCAAGCCUUAAGGGCCGUGGAUGCGGAGGUGAAGGGCAAGACCUUCGACGACCUGGUUAGUGAAGGUCGAGACGCCUGGCGAAAGUUGCUGCGGAAAGUGGAGGUUUUAGACGCAGGGCCGGCUACUGCUGCAACCUUCAGGCGCCUGGAAGUCUUCUACACCUCACUCUACCGGGCCCUGCUUUUCCCGCGGCGUUUGGAUGAAGAGACGCCUACAGGCAUACGACACUGGAGCCCGUACAGCGGGCAAGUGAUGGCGGGCAUCGGAGUUAGUGACAAUGGCUUUUGGGACACCUUCCGAACUGUCUAUCCUUUGUUGUCCAUCGCGUAUCCGAAGCAACUCUCCAACUUUGUGGCGGGAUGGCUGAACUCCUUUGAGGCUGGCGGCUGGCUGCCAAAAUGGGCCAGCCCAGGUUAUCGAGACUCCAUGAUUGGCACCUUUGCAGACGUGGUCCUGGCGGAUGCCAUCGUGAAGAACAUCUCAGGUUUUGACAUCGAUCUUGCCUGGCAAGCCAUGUACAAAGAUUCCUACGAGGUUUACCCAGGGAAGGAUUCGGCGCGCGGCAAGAAAGGUUUGGAUGUUUACAAGGAGCUGCAAUGGGGUGGAAGCACGGCAUGUGAUUCUCGGUGAUCCACUGAAACCUACCAAGCCGGAAGCCCCA